AUGGCAUCUGCUCGGCCAGCGAGCAGUAGCGCCACUCUCUCGCAAAAGCUCAGGACUUGGGUCGAGACUGCGCACUUGCUCGGACUGCCAGCGGGUGCACGUCAGCUCGGCAAAGCGUCCGACUACGAGCUCGAUAGCUUCUCCAUAGCAGUCAGGCAGUCCCCCAGUCGGCAGAGACGCUGCCUCGCACACCUACGGGCUGGCCACAUCAUGAAGUUUGAGCAGUCCCUCCUCUUCAACGCUGUCCAGGACUGGCAGUCAAGCUAUAUUGCCUACGACCAGCUCAAAUCGGCUAUCUACAAGAUAGAGAAGGAUCAACUCCACGAGCUGCCGACGUCUGCCGAUGUCGAGAACGCGAGGUUGCUUGCGGGCAGUCACGACAGGUCUGCCGCUGCUCAACUGUUUGUGCGCCUGCUCGGACAGGAGCUGUCAAAGAUAGAGACAUUCUACGCCGAGAAAGAAAGGGAGUUACUCGGGGAGGUAGACAGCCUGCUCAGCGAGGCGGACCGCGUCGAGGCGGAUGAAGAGGCCUACCUGCCACACGCUUUCCAGGACGAUGACGCCUCGGACGACGAUUCGGUCGACUCUGGUCCGACGAGCAGGGCAGCUACAUCCACAGCGCCAGCUUCGAGCAGGCGCGUCAACAAGUUUGCAAAGGACAUCAGGUCUCUCUUCACCACGCCUUCCCAGGAGAAGAAGCCUUCGCUUGGGCGGAAGCGUCGGGACUCCAGUGCUGACGUGUUCGUCUCCGGUCGUGCCUCGACUUCCACCGGACGACCGCGUGGUCUGUCAUCUGCCAGCAAGGACACUGAUCUCAUCGAUGUCGGCGAUAUCGAACCCGAUCAGGCGCAUACCCGAUCGGACACACAGGUCGAAUCGGUUGUCACUGCGCCGCGACCCUCUCUGAGCGGGCGGCUGUCAUCUGUACGCCGGCCACGACGAUAUUCAAUCGUGACUGACCGAACCUCUCAAGCCGGCCUGCCGGACUUGGCCAUGGUCUGGCUGUCCAACACCGACUUUGCCAUUGACACUCGCAUCACUUUCAAGCUGAGAACGCAGGCGCUCUACAGAGAGCUAUGGCAGCUCAAACAGUACGCUGCGCUCAACGCGACUGGCUUCCGCAAGAUCACUAAGAAAUUCGACAAAGUCACCGAGAACAAUCUCAAGGAAGAGUAUCUCAAGUCUGUUGUCGAGAAAGCGGUUCCGAUGACCCAGGACGCCAAGGAUCGGCUCAAUACGGCUCUUGACUCGCUUGUACAGCUUUACGCAAAAAUCACGUCACGCGGCGAUAUAGAGGUGGCGACGAAGCAGCUUCGCACCCAGCUUAGAGAGCACGUCGUCUUUGAGCGCAACACGAUCUGGCGAGAGAUGAUCGGCCUCGAACGGAAAGGCUGGUCAAGGUCUCGUAACGUCGACAAGCCGAUCCUACAGAACCUGGGACAUGAAGACAGCAAGCAAUCCGUGCUCACGACGCCUGUCGGUCGCUUCAGGAUACCCUUCUGGCUCACUACUCGUUUCGUCGGUGGUGCGGUCGGAAUCUUGCUCUUUGUCUUUUGCCUCGCCAGCGAUUUCUUUGACCGGCCGGAAGAAGGCAACUGUCUGGCAUUGCUUGUGCUCUGUACAGUCUUUUGGGCGCUCGAGGUAGUGCCGCUCUUCGUCACGUCGUUGAUGGUGCCUUUCUGGGUCGUCGUCUUGCGUGUGCUGCGCUCAACAGAUGGAUCCGACGAGCGUUUGUCUGCGUCUGAUGCGACAAAAUUCAUCUUCAGCCAGAUGUUCAACUCGACCAUCAUGCUCCUCCUCGGCGGCUUUACGCUCGCCGCUGCAUUCAGUAAGACCAACGUCGACAAAGUCCUAGCGACACGCGUUCUGAGGGCCGCGGGCACCCGGCCCAGCAUUAUCUUGCUGGCUUACAUGGGCGUCGCUUGCUUUGCGUCCAUGUGGAUCAGCAACGUCGCUGCGCCAGUGCUCUGCUUUUCACUCAUCGAACCCAUCUUGCGCACACUGCCGUCACACUCGCGAUUCAGCAAAGCGCUCAUCAUUGGCAUUGCGUUGUCUGCCAAUAUUGGUGGACAGUCGUCACCCAUCUCGUCACCGCAGAACCUCAUCGCACUGGAAUACAUGGACCCGCCGCUCUCUUGGCUUCAGUGGUUUGCCGUGUCGAUACCAGUGUCAGGCAUCAGUAUCGUCUGUGUCUGGACGCUGUUGCUCUGGUCAUAUAGAUGGGAGAAGAACAUCGUCAUCAAUCCCGUCAAGGCAUCGCGCGAUCCUUUCAACAUGACCCAAUGGUUCGUGUGUAUCGUCGCACUCGUCACUAUUGCGCUCUGGUGCGUCGCACACCAGGUUUCGGGCGUUUUGGGCGAUAUGGGCGUCAUAGCCCUCAUACCGCCUGUCCUCUUCUUUGGCUCUGGAGUCCUUCGCAAGGCUGAUUGGGACAACUUGGCAUGGUCCAUCGUUUUCCUGGCCAUGGGUGGGAUUGCGCUCGGCAAGGCUGUGCUGUCGUCCGGUUUGCUGGCGGAUGUCGACGAGCUCCUGCAAGGCUGGGUGCAGGGACUUGAUCUUUGGCCCAUCCUGGCAAUCUUCUCCAUCAUCUGCCUCAUCGUCGCUACCUGUAUCUCGCACACGAUUGCAGCCGUUCUGAUCGUCCCGAUUGCGGCUCAGAUCGGCUCGGCACUCGAGAUGCCUCAUCCGAGAUUGCUCAUCAUGGCGACGGCGCUCAUCUGUAGCGCGGGCAUGGGCUUGCCUGUCUCUGGGUUUCCCAACAUGACCGCCAUCAACCUAGAAGACGAAGUCGGGACCCGGUAUCUCUCAGCCAAUGACUUUCUCAAGAACGGCGUUCCGGCCUCGGUCAUUGUAACAACAGUCGUCAUCACGCUGGGCUACGGCAUCAUGCGUGCAUUGUCUCUGUGA